AUGCACUUCCCCAAGGCCAUUCUCGCUGCCGCGGUCGCGUUCUUCGCUUCUUCUGCUCUGGCAGAGGACGUCAUGAUAACCUACACGGUCAGCGAUAUGGCGUACAACCAGAACAUCCCAAUGGACGUGUACACUCCUCUCCACCAUCCGGGUCAAAUGAGCACCCUCCAGAACAACGGACGCUGCUUGCUCUUCCAGGAUGGCAACUCCGUUGCCACCAACGAAGUUAUGAGGGGAUCGCACGUCUUCAGUCCCCCCGUCAUGGUCGCGGGUAUGAUGUGCCAUGGUCCGUCUAUGCAGUGA